AUGGCUGAGCGAUUGAAAGGAGAUAAGGACGGGCUGAGCGGUGUGGGAACGACGUGACGGAUUGUCAUGUAAAUCAGAUGCGGACCUCAGAUUUCAGCUGAGAUCUCGUUAGCAGACUUGCCUCCCACAAUUACCGUACAACCCAGUCGCUUCCAUUUUUGAACAAGAGAAAAACGCAGUAAACAUUACGUUUUCAGUCUUCAAGUGACAGUUUGGUUAUCAGAGAGGCCAAAAAACGUUCGUUAUCAGGCUAGCUACUUUUUCAUACUUGUAGAACAAAGUGAACGCUACUGUAUGAGAGAAUCUUAAUUUUCUUUCAGCAAAAUCCAAGCUGUUCAGACUUAUCUAAACUAAAUAAAUACUCAUCUAAAUUUUUAGAAGUAGCAGAAUCAAACGGUAGAAAUUGGUUGAGAAGAAGAAGAACUCCCAAACCGCUCACGCCCCGGAAUCUGCGGCGAUCUUUCCAGCAGUUUGAAAAAAAAAACGAAGGAUAAAAAUAUUGCGGAUGAAAAAUGACUAUGGGAAUGAAUUAUAAUCAACAAAAAAACAAUUAUGUCAGAAAGAGCACAAAGGGGACGCUGAACUUAUAUAAAAGUUUCUCAAAAGUAUCUCAAAUCCUGAAUUCCGCCCCAAUUAGUUUGCCUAGUAAAUAAAACAUUUUCACAUGUCGAAGGCGCGAACUUCUUAAAGUUUUUCAAGGAAAAGCUUUAGAAAAGAAGUGAGGAAAGAAGAGGCAGCUGACCUCCAACCAGCCUGCCUAUUGUAAAUGACAACUAAGCGACGAAAAGUGGCUCUUGGGGUCAACUCAUUGUAAAAUUUUCAGCUGCGGUUACACGUGCGCGAGUUUCUGCCCUUUUGAGAUUAGACUCCAACAAGAAAUUUUGAAAAUUAGGGUUCAAAUGGACAAAACCUACUGGAGAGGAGGGUCGUUUUGUCGCGCCCAUCGAAAAAAGCGGACCUUCUUCGAAACCUCAAGGUGAAACUGCGAAAAAAAAAAGUCCAAGCAAAAAGUGCUGGAUGGGGAGGUACUUCGAAGGGCGAAUUCAAACGUGCUAGCUGAAACGAAACUGAUUUGACUUCUUCAAAAAAAGGCAGCACAGACUUAAUUGAGUCUUUUUGUUUAUAUCUUCGUUUUUGAUAAAAAGUUAUUGAAUCAAAAAAGUGAGGUACUAGUUGCUAGAUAUAUCGAGGGGAUGUUCGAUUUAUCUUUUGUUUCAUUCCGGUACAGAAAAGUAAGAAAUCGGAAACUUCUUGGGUAGGAGAGUGUGAAGGUUCAAUAAACUGGCGGCCUUGGGAUGAAGCUCAAAGACCAAAUGACCUCGACCUUCCUUCGAGAUUCGGGUUAGUUACGUAAUCACCGAGCUUUUGCGAGAAGUCUGACCUCUACCUUGACAAAGUUCUCCAAGAAAAAAAACCAAGGUACUUUGAAAAUCAGCGUCAGAGAUCAAAAUAGAAAGAGAUUGAUCUGAAAAGAAAAAGUUGGUGUAGAAGUUGAUAGAUGAAGUCAGGGCCGAAGAGGAGAAGCGAUCGUCCGCCGAUAGGGCUGAGGUCGUUGUGAGCGGCGGCCGUUUGGAACCUCAGCAAGGUUCAAACUUUCAGACUUCUGAAGGACGAUUUUGGGCAUGAAACUCAAGGACUUCUCGUUUAAAGGAUUCGAAACUGUUUUCGCAAGUUUAAAAGAUUCUAGCUUUAUAGAAAGAGAAAAGGAAAAAAAUUUUUUGAAACAUCUGGCCUUGGACUACACGUUUUUUCCACAAUUAAAUGAUUUGUUUUGAAUUUCGGCACACGUGAAAAAGGGAAAUCGGUCAGGAGAACGCGUAGAAUGACGGCAAAAACCUGUCGCUUUCGUUUUCUCUCCGCUCGCCGCUCGAGCGGAAUGGCACGUGCUGUUCCCUUUAAAGACUGGGAAAAUUUAAAUAAAUCAUACAAAGCUCACUUUGAUCUAAAAAUAGAAAAUAGGGAUAAUAAUUGGCUUUGUGCCGUGUUCAGUUUGAUUCCGCGAAAUGCAAAAUGAUCUCUGACUCUCCAAAAUUUAGUGAUCUUUUCCUUUCUCUAACGGGUAUUUUGCAUUUCGCGGAAUCAAAUUGAACACGGCAUUGAGUAUAGGAAGAGUAGAAAAGUGAUUGUAAGAUAUAUCAACCCGUUAACUUUUCAGAGGGAUGAGAUGAAUGAAAGAAUGAAAUUCAAAAAUUUAUUUUAAAUAAGAGUUCAUCAAAAAGUGAAGAGUAUCAGCCUAAUAUGGAGAUUCAGAGAGUGAAGUAAAAUUGGACUUGAUUUUCAGUUUUAAUUUUGGAUUGAGUUUUGGCACGAGUUGAUGAAAGUCAGAGACUAUGAGGAUUCAAGAUAUCAGACGUUGCGGUUUUUUGUUGCUCUCUUUCAUUUAUUUUUGUUGAUCCAUUUCAACAAUCAUAGUUUUUUUUUUUCAAUAAAGAAAGUUGGUUAAAUCGAAUGGAGAAGAUAAGAAGCGUUCCAGUAAUAAACGAAGAGACUUGUGUUGAGAGGCCAUACGACCCGACAUAUGGAAUAACAACUCGGAAUAAACGCGGUUAUGUAAACUGUGCGUCAACUACACCAACUUCUGUACGCGCGUGAUAGAGGAGAAGCUUCAAAAAAAGUAAUGAAACGGCGCCGUCUGGGAAUGACUAACGUGUCUGGGAACGCCAUUCGGUUGCGCCGCGAUUCAAAUCUUGGGAGCUCAAAGAAGUGCUGGAGGUCAACCGCUAGUGUCGGUAUUGUUUCCUUCGAAGGAUAGAUGCAACUCAAAAAAUUUCUUUGAGGUCAUUUCGAACUUGGUGCUCGCAAGUGUAUUCUGGAAAAGCCGGUCGGUUCUGAGGUUUUUUUAUAAUGACAAUUCUUCAAUUCUUUGUAUCAUGAAAAGUUUCAAAUGAGAAGAUUCAAUAAUUUUCAAGGAUGUUCAAAUAAAAACUUUGUAAUUUCUGAAAAUAACCGCUAUAAAAAACCCUUCUAGCCGACCGAACCAACCGACUUUUUCAGCAUGCCUGAAAUAAGCCUAGUUUUGAACGUUUUUUCGGUCGGAAAAUGGAAGCAAAAACAAAAGGGUCAAAGUCUUGGGAACGUGGUUUUGCGCAAUCGGGUUUUGUUGCGCAACAGAAACGUAAAAGGCUGAAGACCGCAUUCAGAUCAGAACGAGAAAAGAAAAAUAAAUGAUGUAGGGACCCUCUAGAAGAAAGGAACUGAUAGAAGAGAAAAAAGGGGAAGACGUCGUAGAACCGGUCUUCCUCUUCAAUGGCACACUGCUCCAAGGGCUCGCCGACCGCAACUGCCAAUUCCACCAACCGGUUGCUACUCGUCCAAACUUCUAUUUGAAUGCAAGGCUGCCAAGAUUCAGAUCUCACCUGGUCAACAAAUAA